AUGAUUUUGCAAAUUAUAAGGCAAGGACUUCAAGGGGCAGCGGAUUCCCGGGAAGAGAUCAGAGACCAUUUCGAAUCUAUCUUUCAAAGCUCAAUCUUUGAGCCUGAGACGCACGACCGACUCCUGUUCGACGAUGAUAGUUUUUCGCGGUCUAGACUCUACUUCUGGGCAGUGGAUAGUCUUGCACUUUUUCAAUCGCAAGUUCAGGAUGCUGCCAAACAGUGGGAUCUCUUCUGGAAAGCUAAGGAGAGUGACCUCAGACAUUUGGAGGACGCGAAGGUGUCGAAAUUUGGUAAAGGGAUUAUUAGUUCAUGGAAGAUGAACGACGAGGACGCCCUGACAAUACAAGAGUCCGCGCAGCUCGUGGAUGUUCAAUGCCAGCGCCUACGAGAUCUUAGUGUUCGAUUUAAAGAUCUCCACGGUAGAGCAAUCGGCUUGCGCGACGGAUUAUUCAACGCCAGCAGUGUCAUUGAAGCGCGAGAAGCCACGAAACUCGCAGAAAACGUAAAGUUGCUUACGUAUGUGACCAUCUUCUUUCUACCGCUCGGGUUUUGUGUAGCCCUCUGGAGCAUGAACGAUAACAUUGAUACGAUUGCUUUUGCUGUUACAACUACUGCCGUCGCGCUUGGAACCUACGUUCUUGUCGCAAAUUUGAAUAACUUCGUUGGCGGUAUCAAAAUAGCCUCCAAGAAACUGCGAAAAGACGUCAUAGCCUCGAUGGAGAAGGAAAAGAGCGACGGGUGGAAAAAGUUAGGAAAGGGUUUUGGUACUUUCAAACCUGAUCGAGAGAAGAUCACGCCGUCCGAGUGGUGGGUUGUCUACUACAUUAUGGUCAAGCUGGUCAGGACGCCGCGUCCGAAUAGACUGUUCAGGCGCUUAGUCAACACCAAAGCAUCGUCAGACGAAGAACGGCAAGGAGGAAGCCCAGAGAAAUGACUGGAGGAGAAUAAUUGCAGACCAACUUUUCGAUAGUCGCGAGUAAUAGAUAAUUCCGGAUACGAGUUUAGGG